ACAAAUAUGAUAGCAUACAAUGUAGUGUGACGGAGACGCGUAGUCAUGCCGUCAACAGCUAAGACUUUAGGCGUCACAGCCAUCGUUGUGGUGGGUUUGGGAUUAUUAGCAGGUGGUAUAACAUGGGCAGUGCUAGCCACCACCAGCUCGGAGGCACCACCCCCAGAGCUCCUGCCCCUCGACUGGUGGCAGCAUUGUGUGCUGUACCAGAUCUACCCACGGUCCUUUAAGGAUAGUGAUGGCGAUGGGAUCGGUGAUUUGAAAGGUAUUAUCAGUGAGCUAGAACACUUUGUGGAUGCCGGCGUGGAUGCUAUAUGGAUGUCGCCAAUAUUCGAGUCACCGAUGGUUGACUUCGGUUACGACAUCAGUAACUUCUAUAGAAUACACCAUGAGUAUGGAACUAUGGAGGACUUUAUGGAAUUAUUGAGCAAAUCACAUGAAUUGGGUAUCAAAGUGCUUUUAGACUUCGUCCCGAACCACGCGAGUAAUGAAUCCGAAUAUUUUAUCAAAUCUGAAGCCCGAGAGCCAGGGUAUGAAGAUUUCUUCAUCUGGGCUGAUGGAUUGGAGGAUCCUAAUAAUCCUAACAAUACGUUACCACCCUCUAACUGGGUGAGCCAAUUCGGCGGUUCCGCCUGGGAAUGGAGCACAAAGCGCCAACAGUACUACUUACAUCAAUUCGCGAUACAACAAGCGGACUUUAACUUCCGCAACCAAGCGGUCAGAGAAGAAAUGUUCAAUAUUAUGAAAUAUUGGCUUGAUAAAGGAACAGAUGGCUUCAGAGUUGAUGCCCUUCCAUAUCUCAUAGAAGCAGAUCCAGCUGAUCAUGAUGGGAGAUACCCUGAUGAUCCGCUAAGUGGUCGAUUAGAAUUUGAACCGCAUCAACUUGGGUACACCAUUCCGCUGUAUACGAAAGAUCUAAUAGAAUUGUAUGAUGUUGUGUACGAGUGGAGGCAGUUCGCGGAUCAGUAUUUGGAGGAGAAUGGUGGAGAUACGCGGGUCCUAUUCUCAGAAGGCUACGCGAACAUCUCAAUGACGAUGCUGUACUACGGCAACGAAGACGGCGACAUUGGAGCACAUUUCCCCUUUAACUUUGACUUCAUUACUGAUCUCUCAGCCAAAUCCAACGCGAGAGACUUUGUGUAUAUUAUAUUGAGAUGGCUGACGUAUAUGCCACAUGGAGGAAUAGCUAACUGGGUGUUCGGAAACCACGACAACAACAGAAUGCCGACCCGUUUCCGCGAGAACAUGGUGGACGGAUUGAACUCACUCAACAUGAUCUUACCGGGAGUCGCUGUUACUUAUCAGGGAGAAGAGAUUGGUAUGAGAGACGGCUACGUAAGCUGGGAAGACACAGUAGACAUAGAAGCCUGCAACCGCGGGGACGAGAACACAUACCACUUGUAUUCCAGAGACCCGGCCAGGACACCGUUCCACUGGAACAAUUCCACCAACGCCGGGUUCAGUUCCGGGGACAGCACUUGGUUACCAGUGGCUGAUGAUUAUAAGGAGAUUAAUUUGGAGUUGCAGAAGGAACAAGAGAGGAGUCACUAUAAGGUCUACCAAGCCCUAACCACCUUACGAAAAAGGGAGAAAUCUCUCUCCCACGGUGACUAUUCAAUCCGAGCUCUAUCAGACAAUACCCUAUACAUCACUCGGUAUCUCAGGACAUAUCCUACUAUCGUGCUACUCUUUAAUGUAGGGGAUACUACUGAUACUGUGGACUUGGGAAGAGUAGUGGAGUUGAAACUACCCGCAAGUGUUUAUGUUGCUAGCGUUCAUUCGGCUAGGAGGGAGGGAGACACAAUAAAUGAAGAGACGAUUACUCUAUCUGCAGGAGAGGCGAUUGUUCUUAUAUCAGAGCCAGUAUCGUAAAUUGUAUUAUAAUUAAAAUGUAUAUACCUGUAUAUAGUUAAUUUAAGAUUUUUUAUAAAUAAAAAUGUUCAUCUUCCAUCA